AUGGAAUCAGCAAAUUCUUCAAAGCUAUCAGAUACUGAUAUUGAUAUGCUCGAAGGUAAAAUAUCUUUAGUGCUUGAUAAACAUCACUCAGAACAGGUGUUCCUAAAUACUAAUUUCACCCAACUUCAUUCUAUUCCAAAUCACGCUGUUACAUUUACAUUGGAUGGUCCCACCCAGCUACCAGGAGCUAUUGUAAUGUAAAAUAACAAUUAAAAAUAUGUAACAAACAGAAGUGAGCUGGUGGGUUAAUCUAAUCUAUCAACUGGUAUGGAUGGCUCUCUGCCUUAAUCAAUGAACUCCAAUUAGUCUAAUAGAUUUAGUGAGCUGCUUAUAAAAAAGCAAGGAGAUAUAGAAUAUAUAGUUCACAAUCAAAUCUUAGAGCAUUUUGGGGAAGAGUGCCUACCGAAAAUCGCCUAGAAUUAAACUAUUAUAUAUAAAGAUAAAGAGGCUUUGCCAAAAGAGUUGAAUACUGAGCAGGAUAUUCUAGAAUUGCUUAAAAAAUCAAAGAACUUCAAUUACCUCGAAAGUAUUAGCAAGUUAGCUGAAGGAGGAGAGGCGAUCAUUUUUACUAUAAACUAUCUUGGAUGUGACGAAGUGGUCAUUAAGGUCCCGAAAUUAAAGUUUCAAACUAGUGCAGGGUUUGAGGAUAUCAUCUUUGAAUCACAGCUUAUUAAAAGCAUAUAUCAUGAAGACUAUAUUGUUGAGAUAAAAGAAGAAAUUAUCGAACUUGAUAAGUAAACUAAUGAAGUUACCAGAUAUUGUGUUGUAGUAGAAAGAGCAAAAUUUAGUCUUUACGAUUUGUAUUCAAUUAAAAGCGAUCCCUAGAAACAGCUCGAAAAAUCAGGUCUAUGGUUUAAUAAGGAAUUUCAAUCAAAUCAUUUGGAAUAGUUUUCUGUUGAAAAAUUCCUAUAUCAAUUUUUCCACUCAUUGAAAGGCCUUAAUCACAUUCAUAAAAUGGGAGUCAUUUACUAAGAUUUAAAACCUUAGAACCUUUUAAUUAUGAGAAAUUAAAAAGUUAAGUAUGGAGAUUUUGGAAUAAGCAUUCCAUUAAAGAAAGAUGUUGAAUAAUAUAAUCUGAGAGGUAUUUCCCCUGACUGGUCUAUGCCUAGUAUCAAAGCAAUUUAUGAAGAGACUAAAGGUAAGGGUAUAUGGACUCAAAAAUUUUCUACCUAUACUCUUUAGUAAAAUGAUAUCUAUGGUUUAGUACUAACAUUCUCCACAGAUUUGAUUAAACAUUUUACAAAUAUGGAAAAAUUAUCUUAAAAUCAAAUGAAAUACUUUAACUAUUUUGCAUUACUCAUGAACAAAAUGGCAAAUUAGUGGAGUAUAAAUUUAGAUAAAGCUGAGGAAUUAAUUGGCAAUUACUUAAUGUCUAAUCUAGAUUUUGUAAGCGAAUAUCUCACAUAAUUAGUUAAUGAAAAAAAAUUUCAAGGUGCUUAUUAUGUUGGUUAGUUUCUUCAAAUAUAAGCAACAAAUAUCAAAGAGGUGAAGGAGGAAGAUAAACUAUUGUAUUACAUGAAAAUCUACUAAAUGAUGAGUGAAUUUAAGUUUAAUGAAGGGGAUUAUACAGAAGCUAAAAUUAAUAUAUCUAAGGCAGAAUAUUUUCUUAAUACAUUACAAUAGAACAAAAAGCAAAAGUUUGCGUAGGACUUGAUCAACCACUAGUUUGAAAUUCCCUUCAUGAUUGCAAAUAUAAACUUAAACAUUGGUUAAUUAGAAGAUGCAUAGAAAUAUUAUCAAAUGUGCGAAUAAAUUUAUCAAAAUAAUAAAACCCAGUUUGAAAGCAAAACUUUAGGAAUCCUACUACUAAGUGGUGAAAUUGCAUUUUUUUAGAACAAUAUACAAUUAGCAAUGAUGUCAUUUCAAAAAUACUUUUAAGAAGUUGAUCAUUAGAAACAAACUAAAGGUUCUAUUAAUAUUUUUCAGUACAUAAAUGCUUUAAAGAAUAAUGCGAGAGUGCAAUAAAUCCUUAAGAACUUUGAUUAAUCAUUAGAUUAUUAUGAGAGAGCUUCUAAACUUAUUAUAGAUGAAUAUGGUUCGAAUAAUCCUUAGAUCAUUGAUUGCUUAAAGAAUAUUGGAUCUAUUUAUAUAUUCCAGAAGAAAUAUGAGCUUGCAGAUGAAAAGAUAACAAGUGCUUUAAAAAUAUGCAGAAAUAUAUUUGGUGAAAAAAAUUCAUUUACAGCAGAGACUUACAGAUAAAUGGGAGAUAUCUAAAGUUAAUUCAACUCUGAAGAAGCAUUAAUUUCUUAUAAAAAAGCGUUGAUGAUAUAUGAUUCAUUGUUCGGGCCAGAUAAUUAGAAUAAUGUAGUCGUUCUAAAUAAUAUGGCUCAUCUAUAUUUAAAUCAAUCGGAUUUUAACAAAGCUGAACAACUUUGUCUUUAAUGCUUGGAAAUAUGCUAGAAAAAUGGAUAAUCCUAAAGUAAGCAGACUAGUAAUAUUUAUGAGAAUUUAUGUAAGGUUUACUUAAAUAAAAAGGAGCUUAACGAAGCGCUUGAUAUAAUUGUUAAAGCAUACAACAUUAAGAAAACUAUUAUAGGUGCAUACAAUAUUGAAACUUUAUAAUGUCUCUUGAUUUAUAUACAAAUUUUGGCUUAGUUAAAUAGGGCUCAAGAAGCUAAUUAGUUAUGCGAGGAGGCAUAUCCAAAGAUUUUAUAAAUUUAUGGGGAAAAGCAUGAAAUAGUAAUGAAAUUUGCAAUGAUUUUGUCAAAACUGAGAUUAUUUUUUGGUAAAGUUGAACAAUCAAAAGCGCUUUUAUAGUAGUAACUUAAAAAUUCUCAGUAUUAGCCUGGGGAAGUGCAGGAUAAAAUAUAAUUUGAUAUUUUAUUGAAAUUAGCUUAAAAUCAUGAGAAAUAAGGAAAGAUCGAAGCAAUUAACUAUUAUAAGUAAGCUUUAGAGCAUUGCCCUAGUGCACCCUUUGAAUUUGAGAUUCAUAGAAGUAUUGCCUUCUUUUAUGUCAGGAAUUAAAAGAUUGAAGAGGGCAUGGAAUACUUAAAUAAAUCAGAGGAAAUUUUAAUGAUUAAUAAGGAUAAACACCCAAUUUUCAAGUAAUUUGAAACUUAGUAUUUAAAACCUAUUUAAGAAUUAAGAGGUAAAUGCCAAAAAAUAUUAAAUUUCAAAAAGCAUAACUCUCAUAGUCUGAUAGUUUGA